CCCAGAUUCAAAAUAUUCAUCACUUGCCUCAUCCUAGGCAAUCCUCCAUGGUUUCUUUGUUGCACAGGUGCCUUCACUUGUAAUAGCAUUCAUGUGGCGGCCCUGCAUUGUACGAAGACCGUGCUUGCAAGCUACUUCGUUUACGAAAUCCUUUUUCAGGCACUCGACCUUUCAACCCUUCUGUGCCAACGAGCCCAAGGCUCCCGAACCCAAGGCCGGUGGCUUCCCACCAAAGGGGAAGAAACCCAAGGAACCCCAGUCGCAAUCACAGGCAACAAGCAAAGACGAUAUCCCGAUUGAAAGUCUCGACGGGUAUCUCACCACUCUUAAUCCCAUUUUACCUUCUGGCGAGUAUGACGCUCGGACAAUAGCCGUAAUGAAGUCACGUUCGAAGCGCCUCAUUGAGGCUGAGAUGACUAGACGUUACCGGCAGUCGCACAAGCUUCAAAAACGUUCUCAUGGCCUCACUGAAGGCUCUCCAAAAGAGGUUCUUGUCCUCGAAGCCAGUGCACUUCUUGUCAAGCAUAAGCCUAUCUCUGUUGUGGAGGAUGAUGCCGCAAAUGUCAAGGAGUCUGAAGAUAUACCUGAGGAGGCCAGAGAACCGCUUCCCGACCAUACUGAAGUCGAGUUAGAAGUCGAGGAACUCUCAUCUACGGGAGACGGACUGGCGUAUUCGGCUACACAUGAUAUUGUUUUUGUCGUCCCUUUCACCAUCCCAGGAGACCGAGUCCUGGCGAAAAAAUACCCUCAGGCAGAGCACCCGCUGUUUUACAUGACGGAUUUUGUCAAAUUACUUCGUCCUUCACCCCAACGAGAAGGGGUCACCCCCGGUUGCAAAUACUUUGGUACCUGUUCCGGCUGUCAACUCCAGAUGCUCUCGUACGAGGAUCAACUCAAACACAAGAAGACGAUUGUGGAAAAAGCAUUCGCCCAAUUUUCCAACCUCGACCCGGCCUUGAUCCCGCCGGUCUUGGACACGAUUGGAUCACCACUACAAUACGAGUACCGGACGAAGUUGACUCCACAUUAUCCUGGAAGCUCACCCAACAAAGAACAUAUAGUGUGGGGUGAACCUCCACCGAUUGGAUUUUGCAAAAAGAACUCCAGAGCCGUCAUGGACAUUGAACAAUGUCCUAUUGCGACGCCAAUUCUCAACCAAGGCCUGAAGGUCGAGCGUGCCAAAGUGCAAGAGAGAACCACUCAGAGAAGGAAAGGUGCGACGAUUCUCCUGCGAGAAUCAACGGAACGUAUGACCACAGCAAGCAAAUCCGCCUUGUCGGGUUUAACCAUCGAGCAAGCGCUGAAAAACGGGAACAAGGAGCAAGGAGACUCAGCAGCAGCAACAACCACAGAAGCAGACAACCCAGCAGCAUCAGUUGAACUCGCCCACCUCAAACCCACCUCCACCGAACUCAGCUUCAACCUCCAAGGCGACCCUCGCAUGACCUACACGUACCCUACACACGUCGACAUCAAGACCUACACAUCCGACAACCGCGGCAUGUCGACGGAAUACGUCGGGGAAUUCUCCUUCCGCUCCAACGCCAACUCGUUCUUCCAAAACAACAACUCGAUCCUCCCGAAAUUCAUCAAACACGUGCGCGACAACUGCAUGCCCAAGGACAUGGACCCGCAAGCCCCCGGCCGACUGAAAUACCUACUCGACGCGUACUGCGGAUCUGGACUCUUCGGCGUAUCUCUCUCACCACUCUUCUCAUCGGUGCUCGGCAUCGAUGUGGAUUCGCACUCGAUUCAAGCCGCGCGACUCAAUGCGCAGAGCAAUGGUGUUCCGAAUGCGGGAUUCAUCGCCGCGGAUGCAGAUCAGUUGUUUGCUGAUGUGCCGUUCCCGCCGGAUCAGACGAUGGUGGUCAUUGAUCCGCCGCGCAAGGGUGCGAGUGAGGAUUUCCUCGCUCAGUUGUGCCAGUUUGGUCCGCGUCGCGUUGUCUAUGUCAGUUGCAAUGUCCAUACUCAGGCUCGCGACAUUGGUAUGCUGGUCCAUGGGUUUGGGACUUCUUGGCGCUAUGAAAUCGAGUCGCUGAGAGGGUUUGAUUUCUUUCCUCAGACUGGUCAUGUCGAGGGUCUUUGUUUCCUUGACCGCGUCCCUGAUGUCCCUGAUGUCCCUGAUGUCCCUGGCGAUGGGAACGCCGCAAAUCCUGCCACAGAGUGAUUGCCUGAUAGUCCUUGACUGGAUGGACCAACUUUACUUUCUUUCUUGUGGCCACUUGAAUUGGGCUCUGAGGGACAUUAAUAUCCUUCUAAAGCCUCCAUUUGUUUUGCUUGGAUUAGUGUACGAUUAGGCGUGGAUAAAAUUUCACUUGUUCAUAUCCUCUGAAAUUAAUAGACUUUGUGACU